GUCGUGUGUUUGAAAGUACAGGAAAAAUGCCACUAACACAGAAAACUAAUGCUUUCGUAAUAGCUUGGAUGUUUUUCGUGCUGGUGCAGUUCCUUCCCAACCAAGCGCUCGAAACUUGUCGUAGAGAUGCGGAGUGCACGACACCAGGUACCUACUGCCUAGGUGGAUUUUGCGAUGGCCACUGCAUCCCGUGCCAUCAGUUCCUGCGCAAUCCUCCUUAUUCCGGUGAUUGCGCUAAACGGGAAGAAGAUUGCGGGACAUGUGUUCCUGGGACUGUUGCGGAGGAGCUGGUAGGGAUGCGGCACGCCUUCCGAUGUAAAAAAGCUGAAGAUCCUAUUCCCUACCCGAAGCCGGCUUUUACGGUACCCGAAUGGCGCACUUUGACGUUUAGCGUUGUUGGCUUGACAGUGGUGUUGGCAUUGGUCGCCGUGGGCACCUUCCUCAAGCACAAAGGCAUUGGUGUUUUCCGCCAUCGGCAGACGUCUGGAACGUCUCUUACCACUCCAAAUAAUUCAACUGGAGUGUUAGAUGAGGCGGAACAGCCCUUAACGUCAGGCGUCCCGCCGAAUGAAGAACGACGUUUGGAGAGGGAGAGAAAUGUCAAAGCCCAGCCAAUAGACGAUCCAGUCUCUACCAAUUCGAUGGAGAAUUUGGAGCUUUCUGCUCCCCCAUUUCCUUCCGAUGUACCAUCCAUUCCAGACGGAAGCGCAAACAACAACGUAUUAGCUGGUGGUACGUACGAUGGGGUUACCAUAGAACUUUCCGGCUAUCGAAACGGGAAUCAAACGGAAUCCACUGCACCUUCGGCCACUUUGCCAAUUUCCAAUGCUGUCCCUGUUGCCAUCGAAAUGGAACCGGAUGGAUCGGAUAAUGAAUCGGGGGAAGAUACCAAGGAAAGCUGCUACGAGCAGUUCAACUUUGGCUUUUUCUUUAAAGCUGAAAGAGUAAGCACAAGGACAGCAGGAUGCGCUAAUAAUAACUAAAGGCAGUGCUUCUUACUAAACGGCAGGCAAAGAGUAAGGCUAUUAGUUAUAAUUAACGUAAUUAAAUAAGAAGCAUCUAUUCAGUAAAUUUUUAAGCCUAAUUUCCAAGGCAAGAAAUGGAAUGUUAGUUAAUCACCCCUCACUUCAAAUCUUCAAAUAAGAAGUACUGCUACUACAAUAACGCCGCUCGAGUCACGUCACAAAAGACCCCGAAAGCUCCCAAAUGAGCUGCUUUGGUGAUUCCAUGAUUAGCUGAAGUGCGUAAUUCAUUUUGUUCGACGUGUUCCAUUUAACCCAUUUAAGAAACUUUACUUCAAAUAAGGUCGCUACAUACAUACUUUUCUUUCUUUUAAAAUGCUAAUGUUAAAUAACAGGGUAACUACAGAUUUGAAUAAAAUGCCCUUUUCCAUGACAAGGCCAGCCAAA